AUGACAAAAUCAGCUAGUGUCGAACAGUCCGCGCCCAACAAACCGCCAAAGCUGUUACCAGGCAAGCUCACUCCUGAAGUAGCUCGUGACUGGGACAAUGCGUGCUCUACAUACUUCAUGCACAAAGGUGUGGACGCCGCAGAUCAAGUAAAGAUGAUCGCUUUUGGAAUGCUGGACCCACGACUUCAUACGUGGUACUUGGCUCAACGCGCCACACUAGAUGGCGGAACGUUCGCUAACUACAUGACCGCCCUCAAAGCCGGAUGGCUCGACACCCAUUGGGAUACGAAACUUCGGAAGAAGGUGUUAGGUUCCCGGCAGGGAACCCGCCCGUUCUACGAAUGGGCUCUAGAACUUCAAAAUCAAAAUGCGCUACUGUAUGGUAACGCAGCACACCUAUCUGACAUCCAGUUGCGAAACCAACUUGAGGCAAACAUCUGUGACGAGCUCACUACUUCCGUGCUCAGAGCAAAACUCGCAGAUAACCUAACUCUUAGAAAGUGGAUCGAGGAAGUGAAGCACCUUGACGACAAGCGUCUCGAAGACUUCGCUUCCCACAAGAAGAUCGCGGAAGAGUUGUACAAGUCCUCCAGACGCACAACAACCUCAUACCAAUCCAAAACCCCAUCGUCGUCAAAGACAUUUAACUCAUCCUCACGUCUUGGUCCUCUAACCGAAUCAGAACGGAACUUACUUGUAGAACACAAGGGGUGCUUCAAAUGCCGCAAGUUUUACGUUUCACACCGCUCCAAAGAGUGCAACGAUGGCGCCCCCGAAGCCUCAACCUACAAACCGCUCACGGAAGCUGAUGCAAAUGCGGCAAAGCCUAAAGCAACACGCGCAAAGACCGUCGCUGCCGUAGCUCCUGUGGGUGCUGUUAUGCCCUCGUCGGUGUUUGAGGAAGGUUCUGAAUCAGAGGAUGACAAGUACGUCGCACCUUUUGAAACUGCCCACCUUAUAUGGCCCUGUCUCUUGACAGGGCCCUCUUCUGAAUCAUUUGAACGUAUCGACGCUUUGAUUGACCAUGGGUCACAUCUAGUUCUUAUUGACGAAAGCGUCGUUGACAAACUGGGACUACGAAAGCGCAAACUGCACACCAGUAUUGAAGCUAGCUCAGCCUUUCUUAAUUCUGCCUCCGUUUCACCUUUCUCUUUCUCUGAAUAUGUCCUGUUGUCUCCCUCUUCUAUCAACCAUGAUUGGACUUCACAUCACGAUUUGCGGACCUGUAUCGCGAAGGAUUCGAAAUACGAUCUCUUGUCUCCGCCGAAACAUGUUCGAAAGUGCCGGACGCCAUUACCUUCACGUCGUGAAAUUAAACGACAGCGUAAGAACGUCAUCAAGGAACUACAAAAGGUUUUGGAACAUCGAGGAAACGAACUCGAACAGCACACCACGUCAAAGAAUACAAAUAUCGCGUCAGUACUUCGACAACGUAUCGAGACGCUCGCCUUCAUCGAAGCUAACAAGGAGCAUCUCGAACGUCUGGAUAAAGAAAUGCGUAGAAAAUACGAAGACAGGUUCCCAGAAGACAUCCCACACAUUGACCACUUACCAACAGAUAUCGUACAUCGUAUACGUCUCAAAGACCCCAACAAGAUAAUACAAUGCAGAAGGUAUAACACACCGCGAAAAUACCGCGAAGCGUGGGACACGCUCCUCAACCAACACAUCGCCGCAGGAAGACUACGGCCCUCAUCGAGCCCCUUUGUAUCACCUGCAUUUUUGAUACCCAAGAAAGACCCUACCGCCCUUCCAUGAUGGGUAAAUGAUUAUAGAGCACUAAAUGCUAACACCAUCCCAGAUAACCAUCCACUCCCGCGAAUCGAUGAAAUACUGCGUGACUGCGCAAAAGGUA